AUGCCUAAAAGAAAGGUACCUACAUCUAGCAAUGCAGAGGUGCCUUCAAAAAAGAAAGCCACCGACCCUGCCGCUGUCUCUCUAUCAAAUCUCGGGAACAUGAUCAUGGAAAAGGCGGAAAUGUCUAGCACAAGUAACCAGCAAGAUCCGCCUGAACUGACCAUAGAUUGCGGCCAAUAUGCGUAUUCUGUUUCCCUUGCGCGAGCUUGUUCAAAUUCUGCCUUCAUCGAGCGUGAGUACGGUUCGGGCAGUAAGACGACGAGCUGCACCCUGGUGCUUCAAGAUGAUCGCCGGGUGGUCGAACAUAUGGUCAAAUAUUUGCACUGGGGAGAGUCUUACAGGUACCACGGCAAGCAGCCAUUUGACGACGCAAUGUUCAAGAAGCGCAAGCUGGCAACCAAAAGCCGCAUGGACACCCAAAGCAAGAACAUGGGCACUCAGUCGAAGAGUCUUGCGCCUUCUGCGGGUCGAGAUCUGUCCUUCGUGGUUAUUCCUUUCUUUAUCCAGCUCUAUGCACUGGCCACGCACCUCGAGGCCGACGGUCUCAGGGAAAUCUGCAAAGGUGUUAUCAUGAGGGCACUCAGUGUUGACAUGGACAGAGCCUCGCUGAUGCGCGCAAUCAAGGAAGUGUAUACUCGCUUCGAUGAGAGUGACCAGAUGCUGCAAGAAAUGGUUGUGGCAGUUGUCCGAAACAACCUGUCUCUCUUGCAAGCGCAUACAGGCGAGGGAGGGCGUAAGUCGACCUUGAAGGAUGUUCUUGAUGCUACUGCCUCUUUCUGCCGUGAUCUGAGUCUGGAGUUGUCGAAUGCUCCGCCGCAGCAUGAUAAAAACGACGCCAUUGACAAUGAUGAUGAUGAGGAUGAUGGAGAUAAUGGAGAAGUUGAUGGCAACUAUGAAGAUGACCCCAAUGACGAAGAUUGGACCCCGUGA